AUGGAGACAUGCCUGUACUUGUCGCAUCUCGCCUUCCUCAUCGCCCAAGAAGUUGCGGCUUUGCUUCACUUCGACAUCAUCAACAACCGCGUGUCGAUGACCCUUGAUGGGCACACCGUCAAGUUAUUCCUCGAUUCAGCAACGCCUGAGUGGUUGGUCAUGUCGGGUGAGGCCUACGAGAAGUCGAACGGUGUGGGAGCGUGCCGCGAGCUCGAAACAGGAUGCUACUUCUGUCCUCCAACGUAUCCUUGUGAUGAUGUACUCGAACGCCCUCGGACCACGAUCAAAUAUGCUGAUGAAGAUACUGUGGAGUACGUUAGCCACACUGGAACACUCUCCAUUGGCAAUAUGACUGACAUCGAAGUGAAAUUCGAUCUAAUUAUCAGUUUCCAGAGUCCGUUGCGGGGAGCACCACCCCAGGGCAUCUUGGGCUUAGCUCUAGGUAACAGGGAACAUCCUUCCAUGUUGGACCAGCUGAAGAUGCUUCGAGUUAUCAAGGAGGUCUCUGUAGCGAUUGAAGCGAACUGUUUCUUGGCGGUAGCCCACGGAGUCUGGCAGAACUUUAUCCAGUGA